UAUGUAUGACUCAUUUCAAACAUUUUUUAUUGUCAAAAUCGCUGAAUUUGCCCAUUUCCUGUUCAAAUAACGAAAUGAAACGAGAGGUGCGGCAGCAACGAGUAAAGCCUCACCUCUGAUUGCGCAAUCCAUAACAAACUGGGUUGAUACAUGGAAUUGGAGCGUGCUGGUUGCCGUACAUCUGCAUGUCGCCAUUAUAAUGUUUCCAGAUACGUUUAUUUGACCUGAUUUUCCACAGUCUGGCUAAUGUCUUUAACCCUUAAAGUUUAAUGUUUGUUAGCGACAUAUUUAGUUUUGCUGAUGGGAAAUAAAACCGCAAUGAAAAGGCACAGGCUGCGGCAGAUAGUACUCUGCCGCACUGAAAGGGGGCGUACGUGAAACUGGACUUUCCGUCAAAAGUGGACGCGAUUAACAACACCGGAGCUAAAAGGUUUGCUUCAAACUACGGGACAGAAGAUAACUCGCGCUUUUCAAACGGACUGGUACACCCGAAAAGACUGGCUAUGUGGCUGUCCUUCGAAAAAAUCGGCUUUGCUGCUUUCCCUGCCUUUUUUUCUCAACUUGUGCGAAUGUCUGGACUAACACGAGAUAUUGUGACAUUAAAAAACUACCACGAAGCCUCAGCAAACACGAGAGCUCGACCACUCACAUUCAAAGCCUGAUUGCUUUAAGAACUUUUGGAAGCUCAAGGAUCGAUUUGGCUUUGACGAACAGCGGAAGCUCAACGGUAGCAUCGUGAACGCUAAGGUUUAAGACGAUAUCUUGGUGCUGAGCGGCAGGAGCCAGAAUCUUCUGGCGUUAAAGAGCAUGUUGAGCUCCCCCAAAUCAAAGAGGAGGAGGAGGAGCCGGAGCCCUGUCAACAGAAGCAAUUUCCAAUUAAAAAGGAGGAGGAAUGGCUGCCAUGCGUUAAAAAAGAGGAAGAGGAGGAGCAUAUCACUCGGUCAAAUGGUGAGCCCUUGAACAGUGAAGAUGGUCCGAGUGAGGCUGGCAGAGGGGCGGAGCCUCCAAGCGGCUGCAGCAGCAGCAGCAGCUCAACAGAAGGAUUGCAGGCAGGCAUUUUCAUCGCUCCAUUAGACAGAAGUGGCACCACAUCACACUCACCUUAUAAUGAUGAUGGUCAUAAGAAAUCUCACAGUGACAACAAACUCUGCAAAUGCUCUCAGUGUGGGAAAACAUUUGCUACCAAGCAAACUUGUCAUGCGCAUAUGGGGAGGCACACUGGCAAGAAACCUUUUUCCUGCUCAGUUUGUGGUCAAAGAUUCAGUCACAAGAGCGCCAUAAAAAAACACACAAUAACCCACACUGGCGAAAAACCUUUUUCCUGCUCAGUUUGUGGUCAAAGAUUCGCUCAGAAGCAAUGUUUGAAAGUCCACAUCAGAACCCACACUGGCGAAAAACCUUUUCCCUGCUCAGUUUGUGGUCAAAGAUUCGCUCAAAGGCAAUACUUGAAAGAACACACAAGAACUCACACUGGCGAAAAACCUUUUUCCUGCUCAUUUUGUGAUCAAAGAUUCAGUCACAAGAGCACCUUAAAAAGACACACAAGAACCCACACUGGCGAAAAACCUUUUUCCUGCUCAGUUUGUGGUCAAGUAUUCUCUCAAAACCACCACUUACAAAGUCACGAAAGAACCCACACUGGCGAAAAACCUUUUUCCUGCUCAGUUUGUGGUCAAAGAUUCGCUCAGAAGCAAUGUUUGAAAGUCCACAUCAGAACCCACACUGGCGAAAAACCUUUUUCCUGCUCAGUUUGUGGUCAAGGAUUCUCUCUAAAGCAAAACUUACAAAGUCACGAACGAACCCACACUGGCGAAAAACCUUUUUCCUGCUCAGUUUGUGAUCAAAGAUUCAGUCACAAGAGCACCUUAAAAAGACACACAAGAACCCACACUGGCGAAAAACCUUUUUCCUGCUCAGUUUGUGGUCAAAAAUUCAGUCACAAGAGCGCCUUAAAAAAACACACAAGAACCCACACUGGCGAAAAACCGUUUUCCUGCUCAGUUUGUGGUCAAAUAUUCGCUCAAAAGCAAUACUUGAAAGAACACACAAGAACUCACACUGGCGAAAAACCUUUUUCCUGCUCAUUUGUGAUCAAAGAUUCAGUCACAAGAGCGCCAUAAAAAAACACACAAGAACCCACACUGGCGAAAAACCUUUUUUCCUGCUCAGUUUGUGGUCAAAGAUUCGCUCAAAGGCAAUACUUGAAAGAACACACAAGAACUCACACUGGCGAAAAACCUUUUUCCUGCUCAUUUUGUGAGCAAAGAUUCAGUCACAAGAGCACCUUAAAAAGACACACAAGAACCCACACUGGCGAAAAACCUUUUUCCUGCUCGGUUUGUGGUCAAAGAUUCAGUCACAAGAGCACCUUAAAAAGACACAAGAACUCACACUGGCGAAAAACCUUUUUCCUGCUCAGUUUGUGGUCAAAGAUUCGCUCAAGGCAAUACUUGAAAGAACACACAGGUGUGUGUUACUGUAAGAAGCAGUGGCCAAUGACUGUUUACCCUGUCAACCAUGCUGGCUUCAUCAGAUUUUGCACGCAGGUUAGGAUUGGAGAUUACGUUCAUAUUUGUGGUACAGUUUAUUUUUGUGAUUGCGUUUUUGUUUGGAAUGGCCUUUGCCAUUUUGUGUUUUACCUUUUUUGGCCAUCAACGUCUUUCCCUUGGUUAUCUUGCUGACUGGCAUCAUUAAUAUCAUAAUCUUCCAUUCAAACUACACUUUUCACAUUUAAUAUUUGAAACCGCA